AUCCAGAGCUGUGAUUGGUGGACAGCAGUGAGUGCGCGCAUGCGCAGGUUGUGUUGUCAUUCCGCUGGACUCGCACUUCUUCUGACGGGAGCACGGCGGUGUGAUGGAGGAGCUGGAGGAGGACCUGACGUGUUCGGUGUGUUACUCUCUGUUCUCGGACCCGCGGGUGCUGCCCUGCUCACACACCUUCUGCAGGAUCUGUCUGGAGCAGGUGCUGCAGGCCUCCGUCAGCGCCUCCGUCUGGCGUCCCCUGCGUCUGCCGCUCAAGUGUCCCAGCUGCCGCAGCGUGGUGGAGCUGCCCUCCAACGGUGUGGACGCGCUGCCGCUGAACGUCUGCCUGCGGGCCAUCGUGGAGAAGUACCAGCGCGACCGCCGGCCCCCGACCUGCCCCGAGCACCCGCGCCAGCCGCUCAACGUCUACUGCGUCCAGGACCGCCAGCUGAUCUGCGGCUUCUGUCUGACCACCGGCCAGCACCAGGGCCACGCCAUCGACGACCUGCAGACGGCCGUCCUGAAGGAGCGCGGGGCCCGGGGCCGGCUGACGGAGCGUCUGGAGGGCCAGCGCUGGGACGAGGUGCGCGGUCGGGCCGAACGCCUGGCUCAGGAGAGGGAGCGCAGCCGAGCACUGCUGCAGAGCGAGCGCCAGGCCGUGUCACGCUUCUUCCAGAGUCUUGACCUCAUCCUGGCCCAGAAGGAGCAGCAGUGCAUGCAGGCGGUGGAGCGGGCGGCCGAGCUGCUGGACAGGGCUUACGAUCCGCUCGUGCAGCAGCUGAAGGACAUGCAGGAGGAGCACACACAGCUGCUGUCCCUCAGCUCCAGCGUGGAGAGUGAGGAGUGUCCGCUGGAGUAUCUGGAGCAGGUGCAUCAGCUGAGUGAGCGAGUGAACGCUGUGAUGCAGACGCCGCUGCCGGAGAUACCCAGCAUGCACCUGGCUCCUCGAGUGGAGAGCUUCCUCCAGGAGCACUGGAGUGACCUGACCAUCACGGCUCUGAGAGACGCUCCUGUUCCAGACAUCAGCUGGAGCUCUGCUGAAGGAGCAGGUCCCCGGCGAGGUCCUCCAGCUCCGGCGCUCCUCAUCAUCAUCAUCACGCUUCUCCUCACAGCUCUGUGUGUGGUGUCAGUGUGUGGAGCACCUCCAGCGCUCUCCGAGCUCACACAGAUGCUGCAUCAGAUGGGGACAGCCCUCUUCUGUCUGCUGCAGAGCAUCAGCACCUUUACCUCCAGUGUAGGAGAAGACAUCUAUCAGCAUCUGCUCAGCUUUCUCAAAACACUGCACUAGUGCUACACGCUCAGGAAGAUGCACAUGUUCAGCCUUGGUUCAAACACACGCCGGAUGCUGUAAAGCUUUGAGCAUCAAACCAUCAAUAACAUCACUGGACAGGGACAGCGUGUUUGAAAACCUCCGCCCUGAAGCUUUGUGAUGCAGUCCUGGUCAGAUCCAGCACAGCUGGCUUUAGAUCCUCGACAGCGGUUCAGAGAACCAGUGACUUCACAAGAACACUUAUUAUAUAUCAUGGUUUAUAAAACAGCCUGUUAAUAAUAAUGAGCAAGUGUGUAACUGCAGUACAAGGAAACUACAUUACCCAUGAUGCCCUCUUCCCACAGACGGCACUGAGGCCUGAAAUCACAUACUUUUGAGUAGGUCAUGCCUGUAGAUACUGGGACCACACGGACUACAUGAGAUGUCAACACAUUAGGGACCUACCUUUAUCUUUACUGAGCUUUAUAUUAUGUACUUUUCAAAUUUUCUACUCUUUUGUACUACUACAAAUGAUUACUACUAAAACCCUGUUGCUAAACACACAUUAUAUUUGCACUGCACUUACUGUAUUAGAGCUUAAUGCUGAGCAUCUGUAGCUCUUUCAGAGUAACUCAUUCCUGAUGAAUAAAGCUCUCAGAAACUC